UCCUGUUACAGCGGCUGUGAAUGGGCAGUGCCACUUGAGACGUAUUACGAGCUGAAAGUCAGUCAGUGGUGAAGCAAGCUGCCAAAUGCUGUUAAAUCAGCUGAGAGAAAUCACGGGCAUUCAGGACCCUUCCUUCCUUCAAGAAGCUCUGAAGGCCAGUAACGGUGACAUCACUCUGGCAGUCAGUCUUCUCACAGAUGAAAGGGUGAAGGAGCCCAGUCAAGACCCUGUUGCUACAGAACCAUCUGAAGCAGAGCGGAGUGCUGCCAACAAAGAAGUAUUAGCAAAAGUAAUAGACCUUACUCAUGAGAACAAAGAUGAUCUUCAGGCUGCCAUUGCUUUGAGUCUCCUGGAGUCCCCCAAAGUUCAAAGUGAUGGAAGAGAUCUUAAUAGGAUGCACGAGGCAACCUCUGCAGAAACUAAACGCUCAAAGAGGAAACGCUGUGAAGUCUGGGGAGAAAAUCCCAAUCCCAAUGACUGGAGGCGAGUCGAUGGUUGGCCAGUUGGGCUGAAAAAUGUUGGCAAUACAUGUUGGUUUAGUGCUGUUAUUCAGUCUCUUUUUCAAUUGCCUGCAUUUCGAAGACUUGUUCUCAGCUACAGCCUGCCACAGAGUGUACUUGAAAAUUGUCCCAGUCACACCGAAAAGAGAAAUAUCAUGUUUAUGCAAGAGCUUCAGUAUUUGUUUGCUCUGAUGAUGGGAUCAAAUCGCAAAUUUGUAGACCCUUCGGCAGCCCUCGAUCUCUUAAAGGGAGCAUUCCGAUCACCGGAGGAACAGCAGCAAGAUGUGAGUGAAUUCACACACAAGCUUCUGGAUUGGCUGGAGGAUGCAUUCCAGCUCGCUGUUAAUGCUAACAGCAAUCCCAAGAACAAAUCUGAAAAUCCAAUGGUGCAGCUAUUCUACGGUACUUUCCUCACUGAAGGGGUUCGUGAAGGAAAGCCCUUUUGUAACAAUGAGACCUUCGGCCAGUAUCCCCUUCAGGUAAAUGGCUAUCACAACUUAGACGAAUGUUUGGAAGGGGCCAUGGUGGAGGGUGACAUUGAGCUGCUUCCUUCCGACCAUUCAGUGAAGUACGGACAAGAGUGUUGGUUUACAAAACUACCUCCAGUGUUAACCUUUGAACUCUCAAGAUUUGAGUUCAAUCAGUCCCUUGGUCAGCCAGAGAAAAUUCACAAUAAGCUGGAGUUUCCUCAGAUUAUUUAUAUGGACAGAUACAUGUACAGAAGCAAAGAGCUUAUUCGAAGUAAGAGAGAGAGUAUUCGAAAGUUGAAGGAGGAAGUGAAAGUCCUGCAGCAAAAACUGGAAAGGUAUGUGAAGUAUGGCUCAGGCCCAGCUCGGUUCCCACUCCCCGACAUGUUGAAAUACGUCAUUGAAUUUGCUAGUACAAAACCUGCCUCAGAAAGCUCUACGUCUCAGAGUGACACAAGCAUGACAUCACCACUUUCUCCAGUGCGUUGCCCGGUGUCUGACCUGACAUCCAAGGAAAGCACAAGUAAAGAAAGCUCUUCUCAGGACGUUGAAAGCACCUUUUCUGGAGACUGUUUACACAAGUCUACGACAGUGACUACGCCCCUGGCAUCUGCCCGGUCUCCUGUGUCAAUGCCUGCACACCCGGCUCCCCGAGCAGUCACCGAGGAGGAGAUCAACUUCGUUAAGACCUGUCUUCAGAGGUGGAGGAGUGAGAUUGAACAGGAUAUACAAGAUUUAAAGAACUGUAUUGCAAGCACUACCCAGACUAUCGAGCAGAUGUACUGUGAUCCUCUCCUUCGCCAGGUGCCUUAUCGCUUGCAUGCGGUGCUUGUUCAUGAGGGACAAGCAAACGCUGGACACUACUGGGCCUACAUCUACAAUCAGCCCCGGCAGGUCUGGCUCAAGUACAAUGACAUCUCUGUGACCGAAUCUUCCUGGGAAGAACUUGAAAGAGAUUCCUACGGAGGCCUGAGAAAUGUCAGUGCUUACUGUCUGAUGUACAUUAACGAUAAGCUACCCCACUUCAACGCAGAGGCAGUCCCAAAUGAAUCAGAUCAGAUGUUGGGAGAAUUGGAAGCCUUAUCUGUUGAACUUAAGCAUUACGUUCAGGAAGAUAACUGGAGAUUUGAACAGGAAGUAGAGGAGUGGGAAGAAGAGCAGUCUUGCAAAAUUCCUCAGAUGGAAUCUACCAACUCCACAUCACAGGAUUUCUCUACACCACAAGAGCCUUCAGGAGCCUCUGCCCACGGGGUUCGCUGCUUGUCGUCCGAGCAUGCUGUGAUUGUCAAGGAGCAGACCGCCCAGGCCAUUGCAAACACCGCGCAUGCCUAUGAGAAGAGCGGCGUCGAAGCAGCCUUGAGUGAGCUUAAGGAAGCUGAACCCAGGAAUCCCCUGCCCCCGGAAACAGGCUUUGCAGAGCAGUCUGCGCAGCCCCCAGAGGCUCAUGAUGCAGACUCGGCUGCCCCGCCUCAUUCUGAGGUGUCUGAAGUCGAGAUUCCCAGUGUGGGGAGGAUUCUGGUUAGAGCCGAUGCAGAUGGAUAUGAUGAGGAGGUGAUGCUGAGCCCUGCCAUGCAAGGGGUCAUCCUGGCCAUAGCUAAAGCCCGUCAGACCUUUGACCGAGAUGGGUCUGAAGCAGGGCUUAUAAAGGCAUUCCACGAAGAGUACUCCAGGCUCUACCAGCUGGCCAAGGAGGCGCCCUCCUCUCACAGCGACCCUCGGCUGCAGCACGUGCUCGUCUACUUCUUCCAGAACGAAGCACCCAAAAGGGUGGUGGAGCGGACCCUUCUGGAACAGUUUGCAGAUAAAAAUCUGAGCUAUGAUGAAAGGUCCAUCAGCAUCAUGAAGGUGGCGCAAGCUAAGCUGAAGGAGAUCGGUCCAGACGACAUGAAUAUGGAGGAGUACAAGAGGUGGCAUGAAGACUAUAGUUUGUUUCGAAAGGUGUCUGUGUAUCUCCUGACAGGCCUGGAACUCUAUCAGAAAGAAAAGUACCAAGAAGCCCUCUCCUACCUGGUGUAUGCCUACCAGAGCAACGCCACUCUGCUGACCAAGGGGCCCCGCCGCGGCGUGAAGGAGCCGGUGAUCGCUUUGUACCGAAGGAAGUGCCUGCUGGAGCUGAAUGCCAAAGCGGCUUCUCUUUUUGAAACCAAUGAUGACCACUCGGUAACAGAGGGCAUUAAUAUGAUGAAUGAGUUGAUCAUUCCCUGCAUUCACCUCAUCAUCAAUAACGACAUCUCCAAGGAUGACCUGGAUGCCAUUGAGGUCAUGAGAAAACACUGGUGCUCUUACCUGGGGCAAGAUAUUGCAGAGAAUCUGCAGCUGUGCUUAGGGGAAUUUCUACCCAGGCUUCUAGAUCCUUCUGCAGAAAUCAUUGUAUUGAAGGAGCCUCCAACUAUUCGACCCAAUUCUCCCUAUGACCUUUGCAGCCGGUUUGCAGCCGUCAUGGAGUCGAUUCAAGGGGUUUCAGCUGUGACCGUGAAGUAAGCGGUCAUGUGUUCAGGGCCUGCCCUGGUCUUGGUUGCCUGCCCAUUGAACAGAAGUCUGUUGCCCAGUGUCUACCUUGGGAGAGGAAUUAGGUGAAAAGGAAGACCCAGAUCCAGACCCCAACCAUGUUGUGUGUGUAACAGGAUUGGAAAUAAAACGGCCCUUUUCAGGAGCAGACUCACUGCCGCGGCUUUCCUGAAAGAGGCAGGAGCAGCGAGGGGGGUGUUGAGUUAUGCGGGAGACCCGAGAGGCCUCUUCUACCCACGGGAAUGCGUGUGCUUUUCUAAGCCUCUGCCGCUUUUUAAAUUGCCCUCAGCCAUCCAUAUUUUUGACAGAAUAGAAGGGUGAGUCAUCGGAACCUGAACCAGAUGAACAGCGCCUCCUCAUUACAGAUGACAUUUGAAAAUUCUUAACUGCCUGAGAUAAGAAAUAGAAACCUUGCCUGGCUCUUGGCAGGAUGGCAAGUCGGGUUACUGAUAAACCACCGCCCUUGCACCUGUGGGUAGAAUACAAGGUCAUGUGGCCAGAAGAGGCGGAAAAGUCAGAAGAACGCUGCCUCUCCUUUCUCCUCUCUCUUUUAUUUAUAUUUUUAAUUAAACCAGAAAACCUCCUGAGUGACAGAAAGGAAAGCAUUAAGGACUUUAGAUGGAAUAACAUUGUGAAACUUGACUAACGGUAGUGGGUUUGUGUGGUUUUCUUUUUUAAAUGGGAAAAUGAAUGUAUGUAAACUCUCGGUGUUUCCUACUGUUGAUCCUGUUCUUUUUGGUGAGGGAGUCUUUAUUUUAUUUUUUUAAUUUAAGUAUAGUUGGUAUACAAUAUUAUAUUAGUUUCAGGUGUACAGUAUAGGGAUUCGACAUUUAUAUACCCACGAUGUGAUCAUUGUGCUAAGUCUAGUAACCAUCUGUCACCAUGCAAACUUACCACAAUGUUACUGGCUGUAUUUCCAUUUACCUGUUUCACUCAUCCCUCCCAGUACUACCAUCCUCAACAAAACAAAACAAAAACAGGCCCAUAGAAACAGAGAUCAAACUGACGGUUAAAGAUGGCAUUUUUAUGAUUGUUAACCAUUUAAUUUUCGAGGGCCUGAAUUGUCAGAAACAUGUCUAAGGCUGCUGCUGACCCAAAAGAACAUUUUGAUGCCCUCUCCCUUUUUGUUUUGGAAAAAUAAAGGAUGUGGGUUUGUAAAAAGAAAAAAAAAAUCUAUGUGUAUAUUUAGAGAAAUAUCUCCUGUUGGCCAUUUUUAAAAGGCUCCAGUUUGGAUAUUGUGUUUUAACGGAAUUUUCAAAUUAAAGGAAUUGUGGGAGGGAAGAACACUUGAUACCACUAUGCAGAUUUUAUAAAUGUGCAAUAAAAGCAUUUGUUUUACC